CUUCCUUUUCAUCUUACACAACAUCAUACUUCUAAUAGAGAAUUAAGAAUGAAUUCUAAUCGAAACCUAAAUUCUCCUUACGGAUAUAAUACUCAAACAAUUUCAAUAGGGGAUAGUCAAACUAAUUUUGAUAAUAAUUUCUCUAAACCAAUUGAAGUUGGAUAUUAUACAAAUAAUGUUACCAGUUCACAACAAGGUAAUUUCAAUAGUAUACCGCAACAAAUUCCCAAAAGACCAGGUAAUAAUGGAAAUGCAAAUUCAUUUUGUGGAAAUAUCGGAAAUAAUGUAAUAACAACACAAGCAGUUUCGAUCACCAAUAGCCAAGGCAAUGGUUUCCUUCAAUCCAUCAAUCCUUUUUCAACAUCUGCGGCACCACAAAAUAGAGUUAUUCAUAAUGUCACUACUAAUUCACAACAACAAAUUGAUUUCAAUAAUAUUUCACAACACAUUACUGAUAGAGAAAUGGGAUCGUUUCAUGAAGUAUUGUAAAUAAUACACCCGUAACACAAUCUGUUUUGACAACAGAUAUUAAUCAUGGUAAUGAUAGCCAAAACGUAAAUAGAACAAGAAAUUUUGCCUACACAUGGCAACAAGUUGAUCUCAACAAUAAUUGUAGAGACACAGAUUUGUAUGGUGGAAAUAUCAGAAAUAAUGUGA